AUGGUUUGGAUAGAAUAUGCGCUUUUUGUGACAAUGACGUGCGAAAGAAGCGGAAAAUAUAAAUAUCUUCUCCGAAAUUUUAAAAGAGACAACACUGGAUCUAGAAAAUGUAAGUGUCCGUUCAAGGUGCAUGGUUACAUGUUGGCAAACAAAAACUGGAGGUUUAAUGUGAUAUGUGGUUUACAUAACCAUGAUUUGUGUGAAAAAAUAGUCGGUCAUCCUAGUGUGUGUCAGCUCAUGCCGGAAGAGAAGGAAUAUGUUGUUGACAUGACCUUGAAUCUGGUUCAACCGAAAAAUAUACUUGCAACAUUGAAACGAAAACGACUCGAAAAUAUAUCAAAUAUCAAGCAAGUGUAUAAUAUUUGGCACCUAACUUACAAGCCGCUUAUGAGGGAUAGAACUGAGAUGCAACAACUCUUGAAACUGUUGGAUGAUAUCAGUUACAUGUCUAGGUAUCACAUAACAAAGAAUGUGAGAAGUCGGGUUAAACCCGUGGUAUGGACGAAACAAAUAGAGUCUGAAGAUGGAAAAAUGGUGAAGGUGGGUGUGGUUGUGGAAAAACUAAGUGAUGCAUGGAAUCGUAUAAUAAAUUCUUCCACAAAAGAACCAUAUGUUGAUUCGCUUAUACAUUUCAGGAAAGUGUGUGAAAAGUAUCCAGAUUUAUUGAAAUAUGUUGAAAGCACAAUUCUUGACCAGGUAAAAGAGAACAUUGUUUGUGCAUGGACUGAUAAUGUUAGACACCUUGGAAAUACAAUAACUAACAGAGUUAAGUUUGUCCAUGCUACUUUGAAAUUUUGGUUAGGAAAUAGUAAGGGUGAUUUGUGUAGAGAUUGGGACUCUGUGAACCACAUGAUUCAAAACCAGCAUAAUGAGAUACAAACAUCAUUUGGUCGGAGCAUCACAGUUUUGGAACACAGAUUUAAAGACAACAUUCUAUAUUCUCGGUUGGUCGGUAAUAUUUCUCGGGCAGGUUUGAACUAUAUUUUUCACGAGGCUAAACGAGCUGAUAAUGUAGGCUCUGAUAGCAUAAAGUAUGGAUGCACAAUUGUGAAAACAUAUGGUCUCUCAUGUGCUUGUGUUAUUUCUAAAAAAUUGAAACUUGGUGACCCAAUAAAAAUGGACGAGGUUUGCACUCAUUGGAAGAGACUUAGGUUUGAUGAUGAUGGUGUCAUGAAUGAUGUGAAAUUUGGAGCAAAACUUCUUCGUUCAAUGACUGUUACAUUUUCGUCAUGCAGGUCUUGGAACCAAAGAACCAAAUGCCUUGUCCAAAUUCUUCGUAAAAUACUUGCGUUCGGAGCGGGAAUGAUAUCCGAAGGUGCCAGCAUAGUUUUUGUUGCAAAGGAAUCUUGGACUGGGAUUGGCCAUGAAGGACUAACUUCUGGCAGGAUAGCAAUGUAG